AUGAGGCCGGAGCCGAGCUGGGCAGGGUCCUGGAGGAGGGCAGUGAGCCCCCUGCCCGGAUCCCACGUGUUAUUCAUGGACACCCCUGCCGCCCGGGGGGCUGGGCCUCUCUCCUCCCCUCGCAAGCCGGCUCGCUGGACCCCUGCGAGGCCCUUCCUGGCCCUGCUGUUUCUGGUUUCCAUCAAACAAGUUACAGGAUCUCUCCUUGAGGAGACAACUCGGAAGUGGGCUCAGUACAAAGAGAAGUGUCUGAGAGACUUACUCAAGGAAACGUCUGGUGCAGUCUGUAAUGGGACCUUCGAUCAGUAUGCAUGCUGGCCUCAUUCCACUCCUGGAAAUGUCUCUGUCCCCUGCCCUUCCUACUUACCUUGGUGGCGUGAAGAGAACUCAGGAAGGGCCUACAGAUACUGCCUGUCUCGGGGUGCUUGGCAGACACUGGAGAACUCCACGGCUGUUUGGCAGGACAACUCCGAAUGCGCUGAGGAUCACAGCUUCAAACAAAAAAUUGAACGCCGCACCUUGCUGUCGACCCUGCAGCUGUUGUACACGGUGGGCUACUCUCUCUCCAUCGUCUCGCUCUUCCUGGCUCUCACCCUCCUCUUGUUUCUUCGAAAACUCCACUGCACACGUAAUUACAUCCACAUGAACUUGUUUGCCUCUUUCAUCCUGAGAGCCCUGGCUGUGCUGGUGAAAGACGUCAUCUUAUACAAAUCUUACUCCAAGAAGCCCAACAGUGAGAAAGGGUGGCUGUCCUAUGUGUCGGAGAUUUCUGCCUCCUGCCGCUCGGCCCAGGUCCUUUUACACUACUUUGUGGGCACCAAUUAUUCGUGGCUGCUGGUCGAAGGCCUUUACCUUCACACACUGCUGGAGCCCAUAGUAUUUUCAGAAAGGUGGCUGUGGCCCAGAUACCUGCUGGUGGGUUGGGCCUUCCCGGUGCUCUUCGUUGUGCCCUGGAGCAUUGUCCGUGCCUGGCUGGAGAAUACGGGGUGCUGGGGAAACAACAAGAAUAAGAAAAUCUGGUGGAUCAUCCGAGGACCCAUGAUGCUUUGUGUAACGGUCAAUUUCUUCAUCUUCCUGAAAAUUCUCAAGCUUCUCAUUUCUAAGCUCAGAGCUCAUCAAAUGUGCUUCAGAGAUUAUAAAUACAGAUUGGCCAAGUCCACACUGGUCCUCAUCCCUCUAUUGGGUGUUCAUGAGAUUCUCUUCUCCUUCAUCACUGACGAUCAAGUUGAAGGAUUUCCAAGACUUAUACGACUCUACAUUCAACUGACCCUGGGCUCCUUCCAUGGGCUACUGGUGGCCUGGCAGUAUUGCUUUGCUAAUGGAGAGGUAAAGGCCGAGCUGCGGAAGCAGUGGGCCCGCUUCUUGCUGGCCCACCACUCAGGCUGCAGAGCCUGGGUCCUAGGGAAGAACUUCCGAUUCCUGGGGAAAUGUCCCAAGAAGCUCUCGGAGGGGACCAACUCCGGGUCACUGCAGAAGGCGCAGCCCUUGCCCGGUGGUGGGCGGCUCCUGCACUUGACCCGGGAGGGCCUGGGGGUGGUGGGUGCCCCGCCCCGUCAAGGCCACGCAGCCUGGCCCCGCGGCAGCAGCCUGUCGGAGAGCAGCGAGGGCGACUUCACCCUGGUGCACACCAUGGAGGAGAUCUUCGAAGAGAGUGAGAUCUAG